CAGCCGCCCCGCCCCUAGCCGCCGCGCAGUGGGCUCGCGGCCGCGCGCAACAGGCCGUGCGGGCUUUGCAUUUCCUUACUGCUUUAUCUUGAAGACAGAAUGAUGCCAAAGAAAGCAAAGGCUGCCGGGAGUAGGAAGGAAGAGGGGCCAGUUCCCUGUAAACAGAUGAAAGUAGAAGCAGCUGGGGGGCCUUCAGCUUUAAACUUUGAGAGCCCCAGUAGUCUCUUUGAAAGUUUAAUCUCACCCAUCAACACAGAGACUUUUUUCAAGGAAUUCUGGGAGCAGAAGCCCCUUCUCAUUCGGCGAGAUGACCCUGCACUGGCCACAUACUAUGGGUCCCUGUUCAAGCUAACAGAUCUGAAGAGUCUGUGCAGCCAGGGGAUGUACUAUGGAAGAGACGUGAAUGUCUGCCGGUGUGUCAGUGGGAAGAAGAAGGUUUUAAAUAAAGAUGGCAAAGCACACUUUCUUCAGCUGAGAAAAGAUUUUGAUCAGAAAAGGGCAACGAUUCAGUUUCACCAGCCUCAGAGAUUUAAGGAUGAGCUCUGGAGGAUCCAGGAGAAGCUGGAAUGUUACUUUGGCUCUUUGGUUGGCUCAAAUGUGUACAUAACUCCUGCAGGAUCUCAGGGCCUCCCACCCCAUUAUGAUGAUGUUGAGGUUUUCAUCCUGCAGCUGGAGGGAGAGAAACACUGGCGCCUCUACCACCCCACUGUCCCCCUGGCACGAGAGUACAGCGUGGAGGCCGAGGAAAGGCUCGGCAGGCCGGUGCAUGAGUUUACACUGAAGCCAGGUGAUCUGUUGUACUUCCCCAGAGGAACCAUUCAUCAGGCGGACACUCCUGUGGGGCUGGCCCACUCGACUCACGUGACCAUCAGCACCUACCAAAACAAUUCAUGGGGAGACUUCCUUUUGGAUACCAUCUCAGGGCUUGUAUUUGAUACCGCAAAGGAAGACGUGGAGUUACGGGGCGGCAUACCCCGGCAGCUGCUCCUGCAGGUGGAAUCCACAGCUGUUGCAACAAGACGAUUAAGUGGCUUCCUGAGGAUGCUUGCAGACCGGCUGGAGGGCUCCAAAGAACUGCUUUCCUCAGACAUGAAGAAGGAUUUUAUUAUGCACAGACUGCCUCCUUACUCUGCGGGAGAUGGAGCCGAGCUGUCAACACCAGGUGGAAAGUUACCGAGGCUGGACAGUGUCGUGAGACUGCAGUUUAAAGACCACAUUGUCCUCACAGUACUCCCAGAUCAGGAUCAAUCUGAUGAAGCUCAAGAAAAGAUGGUUUACAUCUAUCAUUCCUUAAAGAAUAGGAGAGAGACACACAUGAUGGGAAACGAGGAGGAAACAGAGUCUCAUGGACUUCGCUUUCCUUUGUCACAUUUGGAUGCACUGAAGCAAAUUUGGAACAGUUCAGCUAUUUCUGUCAAGGACCUGAAACUUACUACAGAUGAGGAAAAGGAAAACCUGUUACUUAAACAAGCAGAGCUGAUUAUCACAGAAUUUCAAAGCCACAGAAAAACUUUUAAAGCCAUUUUUGUAUUAAUCAUCACGAGUUACAUGUGUUGUUUUACUUGAUGUUUGGUACCAGAACACUAACAGGGCAGGAGUAGGGGCUACUCCAUAUGCCAGAUGCUUCAGAGGCAUAUUUUCCAGGAAGCAAACAGAGCUUCAACUUCAAGGCCCCUCACUUGCAGGCUUCUCACCAUUUCUGUCCUAAAUAUUCACAUUCAGACCUAAUAUUUGUAUCACAAUUUUAAUUUUUUUCUAAAGGCAGCUUUCUAAUUUUUAAAAGCACAGACCCAUGGAUCUAUCCUGACUAUUAACAAUGAAAAACAGUCGGCAGGUAGGCAGGCUAGGUCAACCAGUGCAGUCCACAGAAGAGUGAGUACCCUGGAGGGAACUGCUCUAGAAUACACAAGCUAUUAAAUCAAAAAACACCACCACACUUUGUCUUGCCGGCAGUCACCUGCCCAAGUAGGAAAUUGUCUUAACCAAAGUUGAUGAGAUAUUGAAAUUUCUUCUGAAAAGAAAAGUCGGUUCAACUGGGUAAAGGCAUCUGAUUGACCUACUCUAUGACAUACGCUGUGAUCAUCUGUGGUUGUCCUUCUCUCCCAAAGCGCUCUUCGUCACGACCCCCUGAAUGUUUGCAACUGUGCAGCUCUGUCUGAAACCAGUGACUGAACCAGACCAAGCCUUUCUCCCAUACUUACAGUCCACUUUUUACCCACACAGACUGGGUGUAGAAGUGCAGGUCCUUGUUCAGAACAGAGUUCACAGCCUCUUCUAGAUGUAACUCUCUUCCCUCACAAUGUUCCAGGGCAAAAAGGCUGAUGGAGGGUUCCUCGAAAACCUAUGAGCACAGGAAGAAAGACCAUCAUGCAGAGUGGCCAUACUUCAGUGACGUCCCAGUCUGAACACUGGGUACCCUGGACCCACUGUAUUCUCAAAUGCAUGGAGUUUACUGCUCUACUCUAAGGUCGCUACAGUCAAAACUUCACUGGAAAGGUUUGAUUCUAUUAAUAAUUUUUACUCAAUUUUUUUAAAAUUAAAAUUCAAGUUAUCAGACAAGCAAUCAAUCUCAUAAUAAAAACAGACAUGAUAAAAAGAGACCCAUGAUUCCAAAUCACAUAUUAAGGUCUUGUGGGACUGUAAUAUGAACCAUAAUUAGUCCUGCCAAUCCUUUUAGCUGGAAUGGAAUAGCACCCUCAUUUCUAGGAGGUCACAGGAGCAGUCACUGGGAAUGCAAGACUUUGUGGUGGUAAGCUCUUAUAAUAUUCCUAGGAGGAAGAAUAAAGGCAUUUUUAAUGUAAAAAAUAGCUGAAAUGCACAAGAAUGGUGAUUUCUGUGUUGAAAGUAUUUCUUCAACCCAUCAUGUCAUGAAAGAAUAGACUCAAUAUUGUUCUUUUUCAUUCAUUACAAGACACCACGUUAAGAGACUUUUGAGGGGAUGGCAAGACAAGGCACCAUCUAUCCUUGUGUCUGGGGCAUUACUAACGAGUAGCUAAAUUAGAACUGCACAGACAUUGAAAUGUAAUCCAGCACCGAAAAAGAUAUGCUGUGUGAGAGUCCUCAGUAGAAAGCUGGAUUAUUUUUAGCAGAAGGGAGCAGGAAUCAAGGAAGCUUCACGGAUGUGAUGGCUUGUGAGCGCAGUCUCAAAGGAUGCAGUGGAUCUGGAAGGAAGAUGAUGAACAAAGGGGAAGCACUCCGUGCAAAGCAAGGCAACAAACACAUGGGACAUGCUGGAGGAACAGCAAGUUAGCCCAACAGGAAACAGCCGCAAGUGCUCCCACAGUUUGUUGUGUGAAUUGCACUGCCUGCUCCUCCUCCCACACUGAAGGGGAGACAGAUCUACUCCCAGUGGAGAGUCCCUGAAGGCUUCUGAACUAAGGACUAAGAGUGGGCUGAAGCAACUGCAACUCAGUACAUAAGAAGCAAAGCACUAACAGUAAAUGAACAGGCAGAAAAUAGCGGGCUCUCACAGUGACCCUCACAAGUGACCUGCUUAUACUUGCAUCAGAGCAGAAUGACUUAUCAAAGAACAGUGAAGGACAGGGAAUGAUUUAAAUGCCCAUCAAGAGAGAACUGGUUACAUAAAUUAUGGUGCAUGCACAGAAGAAUCUUAUACAGCUGUAAAAAAGAAUGAGGAGCUCUUUGUGAAAGAUCACCAAGAUAUAUUCUUUAGAAAUACACACAAAGGAUAUAUAAAAAGCAUAUUUCAUAUACUACCAUUUGCAGAAAAGGAAGAUUUCUGUGCAUAUAACAUAUAUAUGGGCUUGUACACAAACAUUUUUCUGAAAAAUACAAAAUAAAACUGGUAACCAUGUCUACCUGCUGGGAAGACUGCACGAGAGAAGAUAAAGGGCACAAAUGGGAGCACAGUUUCUUCACUAAGUGCCUUUUGAACCAUGGGAAUAUUUAUUUUAAAUUGGCAUUAUUAAUUUUAAGUUGGUAAUUAUUACGCAUGUUUGCAUUGUGUAUAUGUAUUUUUUAAUGACCUUCAGGAAAUCUGUCUGGCAGCAACGUACGUGAAGAAUAGAAAGAAUGGAAGUAACAGCACCAGUACUGGGAGAAUAUUUGAGGUCAAAGAAAAAUAGUUCCAGACCUAAAGCAGAGGUCAGAGGGAAGGUUAGGAGUAAGGGAUGGCCAGGAGAACUAUUAAUAUCACAGUGAUAAAACAGACCUGCUAGCUAAGGCCAACAAAUGGAAUCAGGAAAAAUGUGAAAAGUCACCGUUUGGGACAUGCUGGUAUAAUGUGUCGUAUAUAAAGAAAUAUGGAAAAAAAGCAUGCCCAGAUGUCUUAAUGUUGAGAGGGAGGCAGGAUAAUCUUAACAGAGACGUCCAACACACACUGGACCUUUUGAUCUGGAGUUCAGGGAAAAGACCAGAUUUAGAGAUGUUGAAUUUGGGAAUUCUCAGAAUCUGGGUAAUACUAGAGCCACAGGUAACAAAAUGGAAAUGUAAGGAAACGAGAACUGCACUGACAUACACAGCAGGCGAUGAUGAAAGAUGGGAGGCGGAAGUGACCGAACAAAUGAAUCAGGAGAACACAGCCAAAACAGAACCCCUUUAUACUGUAGAAGUGAAGGAGGAAAAGAAUGAUAAGGAAGACCUCCCCCACGGCAUCAAAUUCUUUCCAUGCCAAAGAAAAAGGUGACUGAGAUAGGGCUGUUUGGGUUUAACAAUCAGAAGGCAGCUGGUAACCCUUAUGAGCGCCGUUUCGGCACCAUGUCGGAAAUGAAGUUAAAAGCUAGGUUAUAAGGGCUGGAGAGUAAGUAGUGAAAAACUGUACAGGCUAUAAUAGGUGUACAGACUAUUUACUAGAAAAAUUUGGCGGAGAGCAGGAGGGAAACAGGGUAGUGGCCUAUGAGCCUGCUUUGUGGAAGGCAGUAGUGGAAUAGAGAGAAGCUGAAUAAUGCAAGGCAGAAAGGAUGUUCCAGGGAAGGAGGGAGAGGUACGAUCCAUUGCUUCCCGUCAGUUUAUGAGCAAAAAGAUCACUUUGGAGAGGAUGAACUCCUCCUCUAAAAUAAAAGGAAAGUUAGAAAAAGGAUGCCAAAAAAUUUCCAUUUAAAAUCGGGAAAGGUGUGAGAAGUUCCUGCAGUGACAGAAAUGUUGUGUAUCUGCACUCUCCGAUAUGAUGGCCACUAGCCACAUGUGACCUGUGUGACCAAGGGACUGAAUUAAUUUAAUUUAAAUAACCACAGGUGGCUAGUGCUAUGGUGUUGGAUACUACAGAUUUAGGGGUUAGAGGAUACUGGCAAAGAAUGUAACAAUUGCUGUGUGCAGUAAGACCAUAAGCUAAGAUGGAAAGGCUACCUAGGAGCAUUGAUUUUCCCUCAGUAGACAACACUGACUGCACCAGGAAUAAAAACUCAUCUGUAAUCACUGACUUAUUAAGUGGCCACAGGCAAGGUUAGCCACCUCUUUUGCUAUCUGCAAAAUAAAAUGGAAGCAUCCCAACAGUUUAUAAAAUAAACUGAAAGUAAGCACACAAUAAAAUCCAUUGCCCUGACUAUAUGGUGGAUUGUUUUCAACAUCUUCACCCUGAAGAUUUUUAGAAAGCAUUCCACCUUAAGUUUUAACACACAUUUCCUUGUUGAGUUGCUGAUUAGUGAGGAAGAGCAGAUGGUAAGGAGCCUGGCCAGGGCUCCAAGUCAACAAUCAGCAGCACUCUCCCAGAGAAAAGCUUGCUGGGGUAAGAGCAACAGACAUCGACAUCAAAGGCGUUUACUGCUCACAUGAUGUUAACUGUUUUAUAUCCCAGAGGAGGAAAAUAUUUAAAAGCCUUUUAUGAGAGUGUAAUUUUAAUGCUAAGCAUUGUUCUAAGAAAAACAGAUCUGUGUACAUUUUUCCUCUUCCUUUUGCAGAAUGCCCACAAAGAUAUUUUUCAAAAGGUUGGCAUUGUCACUGAAACUCCCUUAAAUUUGAUCCCUUGAUUCUAGCAAUUCUACCUCUAGAAAUGUAUCUCAAGGAAAGAUGAAAAGUUUGAUGGAGGGAAC